AUGCGGAUGGUAGAACUGACAAAAAUCAAUAUUGUUGUGGAGUGCGUUGACUUUAUUUUUAAGGUUUUUGAAUAUGAAAUAGACGUAGAUGGAGGAAUUGAUCAAGACAUCUUUGAAAUCAAUGAAGCUUUAGGACUGAACCUUUUUGAGGGAGACAUCAAGCUUGAUGGGAUGCAGGAACGAAACUCCAUCAUCGGCGACGAGUAUCGGUGGCCCCACACUGUUCCCUACGUCCUCGAGGACAGCCUGGAAAUGAAUGCUAAGGGACUCAUCCUCAAGGCAUUUGAACAGUAUCGACUAAAAACCUGUAUCGACUUCAAGCCUUGGGAAGGAGAGGAGAAUUAUAUAUCUGUGUUCAAAGGAAGUGGCUGCUGGUCCUCAGUAGGGAACCGCCAGCAGGGGCUGCAACAACUCUCGAUUGGAGCCAACUGUGACAGAAUUGGGACGAUCGAGCACGAGUUCCUGCACGCCCUGGGGUUCUGGCACGAGCAGUCGCGGUCCGACCGGGACGACUACGUGUCAAUAGUGUGGGACAGGAUUCUGUCUGGUAGAGAACAUAACUUCAAUAAAUAUGAUGAUGAAACAUCAGACUUCCUCAAUGUUCCCUAUGACUACACUUCUGUGCUGCACUAUAGCAAAACCGCAUUCAGAAACGGGACUGAACCAACCAUCAUAACUAACAUACCAGAAUUCAUGGAUGUGAUCGGACAGCGAAUGGAUUUCAGCGACUACGAUCUCCAGAAACUGAAUAAGCUGUACAACUGCUCCUCCUCUUUAAGCUUCAUGGACACAUGCAGUUUUGAACUUGAAAAUAUAUGUGGCAUGAUUCAAAGUUCAGAUGAUAACAGCGAUUGGCAGCGUUUGUCUCAGGUCCCUGCUGGGCCAAAUACUGAUCAUACCAAUAUGGGAGAAUGCGAAGGUUCUGGCUACUUCAUGCACUUCAACACGAGCGCUGCAGGAGAGGGAAGCUCGGCUCUGCUGGAGAGCCGGGUUCUGUACCCGCGAAGGGGCUUCCAGUGCUUGCAGUUCUACCUGUACAACAGCGGGCACGAGAGCGACCAGCUCCACGUGUGGGUGCGGGAGUACACGGAGGACCAGCCCAACGGCACCCUGAGACUCAUCGAAGAGAUAAGAGGUUCACCUGUGGAUUACUGGCAGCUCCACCACGUUUCUCUGAAUGUCACAAGCAAAUUUCGGGUUGUGUUUCAAGGCGUGAAAGGAAUUGGCUUAUCAAAUGGAGGCCUCUCGAUCGAUGACAUCAAUUUGUCAGAAACAGAGUGUCCUCAUCACACCUGGCACAUCAGAAAUUUUACACAUCUCCUCAACACAAGUCCUGAAGGAAGCGCAGGAAAAAUAUAUAGUCCACCUUUCUACUCUCGUGAAGGAUAUGCUUUUCAGGUCGGCUUGUAUGUGAACGGUACUGAAGAUAACCCAUCUAAUUUAGCAAUCUACUUGCACUUGAUUUCUGGAGCCAACGAUGACUGGUUGCAGUGGCCCUGUGCAUGGCUGCAAGGUACCAUGAUUCUGCUGGACCAGCACCCUGACAUUCGUCAACGCAUGUCCAACCAGAGGAGUGUCACAACAGAUCCUCUGCAACAAGUAUCAGAGUCCACAUCAAAUUACACUUGGGAUCGACCAGAUAAAGUGGGAUCAACAGCUUAUUUCCCCAAUGGAACUGCAUUCAAGAGAGGUCCAGGAAGUGGAACAAAUGCGUUCUUAACUCAUCAGAGACUUAGGAGCCGUAACUUUAUUAAAGAAGAUGGAGUUUUUAUUCUUUUAACAAUAGAAGAUAUAUCUCAUCUACUACCUCUUCAGUCAAGUGUUUCACCCACCUCUGUUGCAAAUACUUCCAUUGCCGACACCAUCGGGUCUACCUCCACCAUCACCCCCACCAUCACAUCUACCAUCGCCAAGUCCACCACCACUGCCAAGUCUACGACCACCACCACCGCCAAGUCCACCACCACCUCCACUACCACCAAGUCCUCCACCACCACCACCAAGUCCACUACCACCACCACAUCAUCUAUAACCUCUGUUGUGCUGACCCCAGAGACAGGUAUUCUAGAGCGCUGUCCAGACAACCCUUGUGAAAAUGACGGCAUCUGCAUUAUUGUAGAUAAAGCACCUGCGUGCAGGUGUCCAGCAGGUGAUAAUUGGUGGUACAUGGGAGAAAAGUGUGAGAGGAAAGGCUCAACUCAACAAAAUACUGUAAUUGCUGUUUCUUCAACUGUGACUGUAUUUGUUGUUAUGCUUAUUGUCACUAUCACAAGCGAGAGUGAGUCUGGCAUAGGAAUUUAA